AGGGCAGAGCAAUGUUUUCAUUCCUCCUGGCGACCUGCGCUAUUCUCUAUGGCGCCCGUGAUGUCGCUGAUUAAGGAGGGGACAUCAUAGCAUCGUGUUGUUAUUCGCUUCAGUCACAAGUAUCCUCUGCGUUUUGCUACCCCUGGUUUGAAUUUAAUUAUACAUUUAUUGCUGAAUCCGCCAUGACCGUGGAGCAGAAUGUCCUUCAGCAGCAUUCUCAGAAGCACCAGCAGACACUACUAAACCAGUUGAGGGAGGUCACGGGCACCACAGAUGUUCAGCUGCUACAGCAAGCCCUGCAGGUAAGCAAUGGAGACCUGGCUGAGGCUGUGGCCUUUCUGACGGAGAAGAACGCCAAGGUUCCUCAGCAGGAUGAGACCACCUACUACCAGACGUCGCAGGUGGCCAGUGACAGAUACAUCAGCGUGGGAAGCCAGGCAGACACAAGUGAGCAGCUUACCUAAAGUUUAAGAGAGCCG